UUUGUUUGCUCUAUGUUAGCCGAUUUAAACGGCGUCGUUCGCGUUUCUGUCAGCGUUUUUACUCUAAUUUUACGCUAUCGCUGCUGUUUUAUCCUACAGGCGACAUAAUGACUCAGGAUUUGAGCCUGUUUGUCGAGGGACAGAUAAUUUAAUAAGCAGAUUAAAGAUCUGCAUUAGGCCUGAUUGUGGACAGCUUAUUGAGUGUCAGUGCAUCAAUAAAAAUCUGACUUAAUCUGCGUCUGAUUCAAGGGAAAACCCGCUGCAUGUAGGUUCAAUAACCCUGAAUAAUCCUGAUCAGUGAUGAAACCGUGGAGGGGCUAUAGAUCUGCGUGGUAAUUGUUUUACAGGGUGUAUUGAUUUGCAGUGCUGAUCCAUUGCAGUCCAAUUAUAAUAGGUCUCCAGACAGAUAGACUGAGAUCUAUAUUUAUACAGCUUCAGUAGUGCACAUGCAGGACAAGAAAGUAGGACACCACAGAGGAAACAGCAGUACAAAACACUGCAGAACAAUACUGUAAACAUCAAGGACAUACACCACAAAAAGGUUGGUUACUCAUCUCUGGGGAGAAUAAUUUAUUCGCUCAUUAAAUAGAUGCAUUUUCAUCACUUCCUGUCUUACUUUGUUCCUGUAAUGACAGGCAGUGUGCACUUUGCGUCUGUGUAUGUGCUAAAGCUGCAGCAAUUAAUCAAUUAGUUGUCAACUAUUAAAUUAAUCACCAACUGAUUUUAAAAAUGAUUAAUCAGGUAAUUUUUUAAGAACAAAAAGUCUAAUUCCUCUGAUUCCAGCUACUUUAAUAUGAACAUUUUCUGUGUUCUUUACUCCUUUAUGACAGUAAACUGAAUAUGUUUGGGUUGUUGACAAAAGAAGACAUUUGAGGAUGUCAUCUUGGGCUUUGAAUAACAUAUCCACAUAUCCUCCCUGUCAUACUCAAUAAUCAGCCUGUAGAGAAAGUGGAACAAUUUAAGCACUUGGGCACAAUUAUUGAUCAGACAUCAACUUGUAAUGGAAACUCAGAGAGCAUUUUCAAGAGAGCCAAUCAGCGCCUGUUUUUAAUCAGGAAGCUGAAGAGCUUCAGUGUUAGCCAGCACAUACUUGAAAUAGCAUACAGAAACCUUCUUGAAAGCAUGUUAUCAUUUAACAUUACAGCAUCAGAUGGCAACCUGGAUGCAAAGAGCAAAAACAAACUCUCCAAGAUUGUCAGCAUUGCAGGGAGGGUGAUUGGUGACUAGCUGGUUUUGAUGAUCGAUCGGCUCCUGUGUAAUAUGGUUGCCUUGACCUGAUUGACCGUCAGCGGAUGGUGCCUUCAGAUGGUAAUGGAGAGCUGUAAACAAGGCUGAGUUAACAUAGAAGAACUCAGCUGACUCUGUAAAGGAUAGAAGUCUUUGGAGCCUGAUCUUAUGAGGACACUCGGUUUUUCCCACAGCUCUGUGCUGUGCUAAGAGUCCAGCUAGAAGUGAGGGCGCCCUGAGGCAGAGCUAUGGGCUGUGGGGGGAGCAGGACUGAUGCUCUGGAGCCUCGGUACCUGGAGAGCUGGACCAAGGAGACUGAGUCGACAUGGCUGACCGGCACGGACACUGAUAUCCCCCUGUCGUCCAUCCAGAGCAUCCCCUCUGAGAACUCUGAGGCCGGCUUCGCGUCAGAGAAAACAAUCAGCCCUGCUCCAGAUUUCUUCGAGGAUGGCCUCCCUCUUCCCGCUCAGGCGUACCUAAAGGUCUGUUCAGCCGUGUCUGAAGCCAGUCUGAAUGAUGUGAAACCCAGCACUCCCCCUGCAAUACUGGGCUCUCCAUCCAAGGACGCGGUGUUACCAUCAUCUGGCACCACAGUGCAGCGCAGAAGCGUUCUACACACUGAAGAGAUUACAAAAUGGCAAGACAAUCGGAUGUCGACCAAGCAGGUGACCAUCACAGUGACACAGAGCAUCCACCAGGUGGACAAGAACGGGAAGGUGAAGAAGUCCCUCACCACCUAUGAGGUCAUGAAGCCUGUGGAGAGCCUCAAACAGGUGGCCACACAAAACACUUGAGUGCAGGGGAGGUGGGAAGAAGCCAAAGAAAAAUGAAGAUAAAUUUGUGGUAAAAUAUUUUAUGGUUUGAUGGCUGAUGGAAGCACAAGAAGGACGAGACACUGAACUAUAAAAUUUAGAUUGUCAUAUCAAAAAAAAAAAAAAAAAGUUGAACUAGG